AUGAAGCCACGGCUCCCUUUCAUACCACUUCUCAUUUCGCUGGUCCUAUUGAUCAGUCCCGUAGUCGGAGUGGUCAUAUUCCCGCAGGAAUACCCCAGUGGCGGUUGGCGGACUGUCUACCUCGAAGAUGAGAUCUGGGUAGUCUUCAAGAAUGAGAAACCGACGAACGAUAUUUCAGUUAUCUGUGGGGACACUAAUAGCAGGGAAAACGACGAGACGGUUGACGAAGUAACGGGCGUUCCCGGUCCCAAUGGAUCGUACCCGAUCGUGAUUCACGGUAUAAACAGGAUCAGAGGGACUUACUUCUGCCGAUUUCGAGUUAAUAUGAAUGGCGCAGGUUACGCGUGGGUUUCUGUAGCGCGACGCGAGACUCCCAAAACUUUUCUACCCGACCCAUGGAUGACUAGUAGCGAGUCGUCCGGCGCCGACCCCGUACCAGUCACUGUCUCUGCCGGUACAUCAACGACAUUGUCUCAAAUCACAUCAUCUGUUGCAUUGUCUUCGUCGCUAGAAUUAUCUCUACCCCUCCUAUCUACCACCACCACCACCAAUGAUCCUGCCGCGAGUACAGCCGCAACUCCGUCCGCGGCGGCAUCCAGUCCUCCCGCUCCCUCCUCGACGGGCUUGGGACCAGAAACCAGUGGCGAACCGGCAAACUCCAAGCCAGAAAGCGGCAAAGGAGGAAGUCUAAGCAGCGGCGCCAUAGCCGGAAUUAGCGUCGGGUCCGCAGUCGCCGUGCUCGGCGUUGCCGGCCUCUGUCUCUUCUUUUUCCUUCGGGGAAGGAAGCAAGGACUGGCCGCUCGGGACGCCGCCGCCGCAGCUGCCGGAGAGUCAGGGUCCGGAGAAGGUACAUCAGGGGCAGGAGAAGGAGGAGAAGGAGAACAAGGGACGGGGGCUGCUGCGCAGCAUGGCAACGAGCUGUAUGGCUCAUCAGAAAUCAAGGAGAAGCCAGUAGAGUUGCAUAGCCAGAGCCCAUCACAGGAAUUGGGGUCGGGAGUAACGAGGUAUGAGAUGGGCGGAGGAGGGCACCGGUGGCACGAUAGAGUUGAGCUGCCAUGA